AUGAGACCAACCAAGCCUGAGCAACGCAGAGAAGCCUUUGUCCAUCUAUCUGGAGCUCGAAGUCUCGCAGCUUUCUGGAUUGUUUGCGCCCACUACCUGCCAAGGAAAUCCGAGGCAUCUUUCAAUGGUGCGAUCUUCCGCGUGAACGUAGCAGUGUGCUUCUUCGUUGUGGCCAGUGGCUUCGUAACUCACUGGGCCUAUGGUUCAAAAGAAUUUACAGCGUGGAGCGACUUGCUGCGGUUCUAUGUACGCCGGCUUGGCAGGGUAAUUGUCACUUUCUGGAUUGCAUUGGUCUGGGCGGCAUAUCUACUGUAUCGCGAUGGUGCGGAUCUUUCCUUCCCGUACCUUCUUCGAUGUGCCGUCUUCUUGGAGCAGUGGUUUCAGUGGUGCCCCAACGGUCCUUCUUGGUUUGUCUUCGUUCUGCUGCCGUCUUGGAUCCUGUAUCCCAUGACGCGAAAACUUCUGUUCACGGCAGAGGAGAAAUACGGAGGCACCGGCUUGUUCGCAGUGUUGGUGUGCCUUUGGCUCAUCUCCUUCGGCCCUGCAGUUGUUCUGCUGGUUCUGCACGGACAGAUUACCAUGCAGCAACACUCGGACAUGUCGUUCUGGCCGCCGGCGCAGAUGGCCGACUUUGCUAUCGGAAUGACAGCUGCCGCUGGAGUGCGACGUGCUGGGGCUGAAGGUGCUUGGAGACCUUGUAGGCUGAACCUACUGGCAGACAGCAGCUUUCUUUUCAUCGUGCUGGUUGUUUUGGUAUUGCCGAGACCGCGCAGUACUUAUGUGCUCCAUCUAAAUGGUUGGGAGCCUCUUCUGGACCAUGGCCUGUCACUGCCGAUCGCAGGAUUCCUGCUGAGCUCGUGCGUGCGGGGAGCUGAAGGCUUUUGUGCUCGACUUCUCGCCCAUCCUGCAUUGGUAUCGCUUGGGGAGGUUAGCUUUGAGGUGUACAUAUUUCAGAGGCCGAUGCAUGACGUGGUCAGCCUUUUCCUCCCGACAGACCAGAUGGAGGUGUUUAUGAUCUACCUCUUGUCCUUGUGGACCUUCGCGGGCAUUUACAGCAGGUACUUUCAGGCGCCGCUGGACAGCUGCUUGCGUUGGUGCUCAGGCUCCGAGGAGCCGGGCCAGGGCCGCCAGGGCCGCCAGGCUGAGACUUCGAUCGACCCGGAGGCCGCGAGCAGUGGAAGCUUCCGGCCGGGUAUGUCCUGUGCUGAGUUUCAGGGAGACGAUGAUGGCUACGACGGCUACGACGAGAUGCAGAAGCUUCUCACCGGCCCGGGCCUGAAGCGACCAUUGGUUCAGGAGGAGGUGCUCCUGGCAACCCCGGCCGUCCAGAGACCAGUGAAUGACCAGGCAGGUGCCAACAUGGCAGCGAGGUUGGACCAACCCCAGGCAGCUGGCCAGUCUCUGGAGAGCUAUGACAUAAGCGAUGAGGAGGAGGAAGACGAAGAGGAGGAUCUAGAACAUGAAUCGACUGAACCGAUCGCCGCUGAGCAGCCCCAGAUGCUUCUGAAAGCCAAGCCGAAGACUUUGGCACGGCCACGUGCGCAAAAUGCGCAAGAGGUGCGGCCAAAGCCUGCGCAUCCGUGGAAGGCUGCGGAAGCGAACCAUGCGAGCUCACAGGCGAUGAAGCCUUGCAAAGGCGCGCCACCUCGAGUCGCGAAGGAAGUUGCUGCCGCCGCGGCAUGCAAUUCCCAAAGCAUGACAUCAGUGGCAUCCAAUCGCAACAAAGCCGCAAAGUCGAAGAAGCGGAAAGGACACGAGGUUAUUCCUGACCCGCCUUCCUUCAGGAAUCCAAAAGAGGCCGCUUGUGCCCGGGCCGCAAAGGCCGCAAAGACGGGCCACCCAGAAGCGGAGAAGACGCACUUCAAUCGCCCUGGUACCACGACGGUGCCUUGGGCGAACUCUCAGGCCCGACAUCAGCGCCAGGGAGUGCAGGUUUCGCAUCAAGAAGCCAGCCAAGCAAAGAAGAGCAAAACUAGGACAAGGCAUGAUUGGGCGCCGGAGUCAAGGCAUGCUGGGAGUGAGCAGCAUCUAGAUUGCUUUGGUCGGGCAUGGAAUAUGAACAAAGUAGUCGUGAACUUCCUGAACGUUGGCCAUUUCUACGGAAGCAAGGUCAUGAAGUUGGAGCAGCCAGAGAUGUUUCAAUGGGAAGGAGUCAGGCGCUGCGUCCGCUUCUUGAAGACGGAAAUGAAUCUACAGGUAACGGGCGUCAUCCCGGAGAACUACCGUGGUACAGACAAUGGGAGGAAGCAAAAGCCCUUGCCUGCUGACAUCAAGAACAUGUGCGAAACAGUCGAGGAAACACCUCGCUUUGGCGACCAAAGGAACCAUCGAAGUGCAGAUGAUGAAAUGACCAUUAAAUGUGCUUAUCGACGCGCAUGUCGGUUUCUUGAUAACGACAAUUACAAGGAGUGGGUCGUGCAGCUACAGGAUGCGAAAGCCAGGACUUGGUUGCAAAACCACAAGGACAUGGCCCAUAUGCGGUUCUAUUUCGACAUAGGUACUGGAACCUUCGACAUAUUGGGUGGCAACUACCCGACGACAAGCCUUGCUCAGAAUGAUGCUCGGGUCCAGACAUCGAACAUGUUGGAUCUCAAGGGGGAAAUAAGCGGGAAAUGUGCAGCGACAUGCAGGCCAAGCAUGAAGAACCCAUGA